GUUUUUGUUGGUGCAUCAGUGAUUUAAUAUUUUGUGUGAAAAGUGUUGCAUGUGCGCACCGGCAUGGAAAAAAUGCCCGCCAAAAAUUGAGAAAUUUUCAACAAAGCGCAGCGGAGCGGCAAAAUAACACCAAUAAAGAAAUUAAAAAGAAAUUAAAAAGAAAAUAUAAAAACAACAUUAACAAGAAUUUGCAGUCAACCAAAAAGGAGACAAGCAUAAAUAGAGCCAAGUUCCAAAACAGAAACCAAACUGAAUAUUUAUGAGGAAAUCUAAGAACGAGCAACAUGGCGUAUGAUUAACAUACGCGCGCUCAUUGCUCUCCGGGAUUUUUGCGUUACUUGUGUGAAGGACUCUGGCUGUGAGCAAGACGGAGCAAAGGGCUUAGAGGGAGAGAGAGAGAGAGAGAGAGAGAGAGACAGGGAAACAAUAAGACUGAAGCUGGCAAACCUCUCGCAAAAUGCCAAGAAGAAGAAGAAGCGGCUACAUCAGGCAGCAACAACAUCAGCAGCAGCAGCAGCAGCAACAACAAAAACAUCAACUAAUAGCAGAAGAAAAUCAAAGGUUAAUCCAUAGCCGCCCACGCUGCUGUUCGCUGCUAAUGUUGCUAAUUGUUGGCCAAGCAGUUUACGCGUCGGCCGGCAGUGAGGUAAUCGCCAAUCGCCCCAAGCCAACCGAUGAAUCGCUGGCAAUUCCGCCAACUUGGCUUACUCCUGCGGACACGCCCCCGGCAUUUACCCGCCGCCCCUUUCGCGAGGAGGACGUGGCCGAGGGUGAAAGGCCUGAGGAGAGCUGGCGGGAUACACCACCACUGACCAUCUCCAGGCCGCCGAGAGCGGGACGAAGCGAGCGUCAGGCGGCGGAGGAGGACCAGGUGGAUCGCUGCCGGCUCUUCGUCGAGGGGGAUCCCACCAAGAAUGAGCUGUACAGCCCCGAGUAUCCCAAUCUCUAUCCGAAGAAUAUAAAUUGUACGCGGGUGAUAACAGCGCCAAAGGGACAAAUCAUACGCCUGGACUUUCGCAACUCGUUCAAUAUCGAGGCCAAGGAGGAGUGCAAAUUUGAUUUUCUCGAGAUCCGAGAUGGCCAGUAUGGGUUCUCCACGCUAAUUGGUAAAUUCUGUGGCACUGACUUCCCGCCAGAGAUUACCUCAAAGGAGCGCUACCUGUGGCUGCACUUCCACUCGGACGAGACCAUCGAGUACACGGGCUUCAGUGCCGUGUACGAGUAUCUGGAUAGGAAUCGGGAGGCUCCAAGCACCGAUCUCAACUGUACCAUUGAAAAGGAUGGCUAUGAGGGGUUCAUUAACUCUACAGACGUGCCGGCGGACAUACGGGAGCAGGUCAUACGCAACAAGAUCGCAUUGGAUUGCAUCUGGCGGAUACAGGUCAGGGAGAACUGGAAGAUCUUUCUCAAGUUCCUGGACUUUAAGCUGAGCAAGCCCAACGACUGCGAGACGAAUUUCCUGGACAUUUUCCCCGAGCAGACUGUGAUGCCAUUGAGGGUAAAGAACUUUUGCGGUUCCGCGGGCGAGAGCAUCACGGCAGAGUCAAACAUUUUGCACUUGCGCUUCUACGCAGAUCAAAUUGCGAUUAACUCGACAUUCGGCAUUCUGUACACGGCGUUCCGGGACCGAGGAGCUGCCUGCACCGAGGACGAGUACGAUUGCGAGGACGCGACCUGCAUAUCAAAGGAUUUGAAAUGUAAUGACCUAGACAAUUGUAAAUUUCGAUGGGACGAGGAGGGCUGUACGGGCGAGACAACUGGUCAAUCGGAGCAUGUGGUCAUCAUUGUGAUUGUCUUUGGACUGAUUCUUGGCGGAAUGGUCAUUACCUUUAUUGUAAACUGCAUCCGCAAGAUAAUACGGGAUCAGAAGAUAAUACGGGAACACAUCCGGGAGUCCAAGGAGAGCAAGUUGGAUGAGAUGGGUCGCAACUCCAAGGGUCGCUCGCGGGAGAACAUAUCCAGACAAAAGCACUCGCAAACCUCUCUGCAGAUCCUGGACGAUGUCUCCAACAGAUACUACCGCGAGGCAGUGCCUCUUUCGACGCAAUCUAGCAAGGCCGACUUCAAGGAGAAGGAGCACAGCAUCCUGCGCCGCCAUGCGGACAUGACCCAGACAAGUCUGGGCGGCGGCGGUGGCGGUGAUGACGACGAAUCCAGCUCCACCACCACAGCCACACACGAGAUGAUGACAAAGGCCACCAUGGCGGCAGCCCCAAUUAAUGCCUGCGACAUGGGCUGUCAGACGAGAGAAUCGCUGUUUGUCAACAGUCCCGGAAUCGGAGCGUCGGCGGGAGCGGGUGUUAAUGUUGGCUUUGGUAUGGGCGUUGCCUCCUCGGGAUCGUCCUCCGGUCCCGGCGGCGGUGUUGCCUCGCUAAUGAGACAAAAGUCCAGCUCCUCCUGCGGCUCGGGGGGCGGGGCCAUGAUGAUGCCGCCGCCGCCGCCGCGAUUCUUCUCCACAUUUGGCUAUGAGCCAUCGGGAUCGCCGUCGGCGGCUGGGACACUGACAAGGCGCAGCAUGCAGCAGCAACAGCAGCAGCAACAGCAGCAACAGCAGCAGCAGCAACAUCACCAGCAGCUGCCGCGCCAGGAGUCCAUGGAGCUGGAGGAGCGACACAGCCUUCGCUCGCACUACGGUGGAUUGCUGGUGACCCCUUCUGCCAAGCCGCCGCAGGAGAUCUGUCACCAUCAUCACCAGCAUCAGCAGCAUGCACAGCAGCAGCAGCAGCAGCAACAUCUACAGCAGCAACAGCAGCAACGUCUGCAGCAUCAUGCUCAUCCUGCCCAUCCGCAUCCUCCGAAUAUUGCUGCUCGCUUGCCGGCCAUGAAGGGACAUGGCCUGGGCAUCGGAGGACCUGGACAGACAACAAUCCUGCCGGGCGGCAACAACAAGCAGCAGCAGCAGCAUCCCCAGAAGAACGAGGAGUCCAAAGUGUUUAUCGACAUACGGAAUUCGGCGCCAGAUGUGAUUAUCAUGACGUCCCAUUGACAUUUAAGGAUUGCCCGUCAAUCAGGAACGACAUCAGUAAGCAGCAAAAGCAGCAGCAGUAGCAGUAAUCACUUGCAACAAAGCUGCAACAGCACCAAUGCUUGGGGCAGCAACAUAAGGAAUUUAAGCGAAAACAGCGGCAACAAGGGCCACAUGAAAGUGUAUAACAGCAAUUGUUUGAGCAAUAGCAAUGGCACCUACAACGGCGACAAGAACAGCAACAAAAGUGGCAUUAAUGUGGACAACAUCAGCAGCAGGGGCAGCACCAGAAGCAGCAGCAGCAGCAACAACAGCAGCAGCAUCAAAUUGAGCAACAUCAGCGGAAAAAGGAAGCAUUACAGCAACUGGACAUUGGGCGACAUAUUAACCGCAGCGGCAGCCGCAGCGUCGCUGAUGACACAACAAGGACGAUGUGCAGGACAAGCCUUUUACUCCCAUUUGGCCACCCACACACACACACACAGGGACACAUCCUGUUUGCACUCUGUGCUGCUCUCAUUUGGCACUAUCCUUUUGCAAGGUGUGAAAGCGGCAUUUUCAAGCGGCUGCAGUUAAGGACAUUUCUGUGUGACUUUUCGUGUGACUAUUAUCCUGCGAAGCCCUUUUCAACAAUUUUAUUUCACCAUUUAAGGCAUGUUUUUAAAGUACAAGUCUUCAUUUUCAAUUAAUUCAUAUAAUUUACAUACAAUUUAAGAUUUCAAGAGUUAGUUGCUUAUUUUUUGAAUGAUCUAAAAGUAUGAAAACAAAUCUAACAAAUCGAAUGGAAACCCAAACAUAGGCUACAAACAAAAUAUAAAUAAAUGUUUAUCAAAUAGGCUGAGAAAUUAGUGUUAAACUCUACUAAACUACCCAAGAAUCGGUGGGGGAUUAGCUUUGUUUUGGCAUAUCUUCCUGGAAAACUGAAAGUUGAGCAUUAAAUUUCAAGAGAUCAAUGUAUUAUUGUUGGUUUUCCAAAGUUAUUUUAACAAGUUACAUUUCAAAAGUUAUCUUACGAUUUCCCAAUGAAGAAGUAGCUACAAAUUGAAUUUUUACUUCCAUUUAAAGUGUAAUGAAAAUUCUUCAAGACACCGAUAAGCUCCCCCCCAAAUGCAUGGCUCUGGAGGUGACUGAGCGAGACAAAUGGAAGAUGUGUCGGUCCGCUGGCCUCGUCCUGCCUUUUUGCAAUAGCCGGGGUUUUCGAGGAAAGCCAAGGAGCUGUUUCAGUUGUUGGGCCAGCGGACCGCAGCACACUCGCCGGACAUUCAAUGGCAUUUCUGUUCGAAAACAAUGCCCAACGCAGAAACCCAUUCGGAUGCGGACUUGGUUCCGGAGACACGAAUGCGGAGGAGUGGCAGACACUAAGCAGACCGUUGACAACGUGGCGUAUGAGCAACAUGUCCCAGGACAUUGUUAUCGGAUCCCAGCAGCAGCCUCCCUCUGGCUACCCGAAAAAAAACUCCUUGGCUUGGACAGGAACCUGUUCAUUUACAUGCAUUGCAAACGUGGUCCAUUUGCACGACGAUGUCGCCACCGGAGUCCAUCCAUCACGGGCACGUGCUCGGAGCUCUAUUUUCGGUCUGGGUCCGGAGGGUUUUUCCGGGUCGAGAGCUAAGCAAUUUUCGUGAAAAUAGUUUUUUAAGCGAUUUCGUUGGGGGGUUUUCGCCCCACUCCAACUCGGUUUAUGAAAUUAAUUUUUGCUCCACAACAAAGGCUAAGCCAUUUUUGGGUUGGCAACGAGUCUCAUUCGCUUAACCCAUUAAGAGACCAGUGGACAAAAGAUAUGUUUUACUUGGUGAUAUUUGUGUGAAGGUAGCUAAAAAUUGAGAAACUGAAAGGAUUUCUUGUAUAUAAAAAGGUAAAAAAUAGGGGGAAAAUAUGUGGUUACUUAGGAGUUUCGGAUUUUGCAUAGUUAAGUCCUAAAAGUCUCUUAAAAAACCCCAUAAAAAGGUGUCAAGUUUAAGAGAGCUUAAGGUUUUUUUUUUUUAAUUUUAUUUAAAUAACAAAACACAAAUUUAUUAGCUAUGUUUUAUACUAUAAGUACCUUAAAACAAACAGAGAUUUUAUUUAAAGUUAAACUCAAAUGAGCUUUGCUUUUUCCACCCCAUUUUCAUGGGUUACAACCAGACCGGGGACACAAUCUUUCUGGUUCAUCUGCUAUCUAAAUCUUUUCAAUUAGAUAAAUUAGCUCUCUCUGUCUCUACCCACACACACACACACAGACCACUUUUACUCCGGCGCACCUGUGGAAAAGUUUUCCUGGCCUCGCUCUCGAAUCCGUCAGUCCGCAAUUAGCGUGGUCACCGUAAUGUGGUUACUUUCGGGCUUACGGAUAUUUUUUGGGGCCCUGAUUCCCAUUCCCCGUGGAUCAUCCGAGCAACCUGAGUGGUUACUCCGAUGGCGUAAAUAUUGUCGCAGCUGCCAGUAUCAAAAAAAAAAAAAAAAAAACAUGAAGAUGACAAUGACAAUGAGCGACGGCGUGGGAAAUCCAUUUGAUUGAUUGAAUUUAAGGGGCAGCGAUGCUUUUGUGGGUGUGUAAAGGGAGUAAAUGACAGGACCAAAGGACCAACGGACCGACCGAUGUCUGAUGGUAAUGAUAAUGGUGCAACGCUGCAAUUUUUCCUUCAAAUCAUUAGAGUGAUUAAAGAGAGAGCGCUCCUCCGACAGAACCCUCAUCAUCUUGAGCACGGAAAUCAGUCACAUGGAAGCCCUCGAAGCGGAAACAGAAUAAGCUUGAGGAAAACUCUCUGGGGGCACUCCAAUCGCAGUUACUUUUGUUCAAAUAAAGUCAAUUUCUUGGUCAACAUGAACUGUGAACUUGAAGUUUAAUUUCUAUAUUUUUUUUAGAGCCAGAAGUAACACAAAUAAUAGGUAUUGUUUUGGGCCGUUCCGUUUGUAAAUAAAUAAAUAAAUUAAAGAAACCAAACCGACUUGGUCAUAUCCGAAACGAAUCCCUUUGUUAGGUUUUGCUUUUAUGUAUUAAAAACCCAUGAACUAGUUGUAAUUGUUAAUUGUAUUUUAUUCGUUUUGUUAUAACCUUUUUUCUUGCUACAAUUUAAGAGAAAAACUAGCGAUUUUACUAAAAACUAUAAAUAAAAUACAAAAUCUACAGAAGGAAAAAGUGUAUUAUAAGCCAGAUAUGUGUAGGAUUAAGUCAAAUGUAUGAUACUUUUUUUUUAUAUAAAAACAUAUACAUAAAUAAAUACUUAAAGUAUCGAAAUAAACAAUGCCCAGAACAAAGGAUAAAAAUAGAGAGAAACCUGUUCUCAUGUCC